AGUAUAUGGAACAGGUGGCAUCAUGUGAUAUAUGCUAUAUGGAUCAAAGUGUGCAUAAAACCCUAAGGUCAUCAUGCAGUGUUCUAGCUCUGUGUCAUCCGGAAUCAAGUCAUAUUAGAUAGGUGUUACGUGGCUCCCAAAAAUGGUGCUUUUCGUCGCGCUUUUGUUCACGGUUCUGGUUUUGAUAGUGACCUAUGUGCACAAUUCCAUAAAGAGGCCAUCAACAUAUCCUCCAGGAAUCAUUUUCUCCAAUGGAGAAGAUUGGAAAAUAAGAAGGAGGUUCACUUUGCGGAACCUCAGGGACUUUGGCUUCGGAAAAUCGUCCAUGGAUGACUUGAUUCUCGAAGAAUUGAAACAGUUGGCCAAGAUUUUGAAUCCGUCCAACGACCCCGCUGGAAGGCUAGUGGAAUUGGACGGUUCCCUGAAUGCAGCAGUCACUAACGUCAUCUGGUGGAUAGCAGCGAGCAAGAGAGUGGACAACGAAAACCCGGAAUUCCAGGAUAUCCUCGAAACAAUCUCUGAAUUCAUUCUACCAUUUGACAUGUCCAAAUUGUUGACAUUUCUUCCGUCUUGGCGGCCAUUUGUACCCGGAUUUUUAAUCAGACAGGAAGAUAGGUUGAAGAGGAGAGAGAAAAUUUAUUCCUAUAUGCAGGGCCUCAUUGAUGAGCACAGAAGGACAGUCGAUCCCAGUGAACCCAGGGACCUGAUUGACUGCUACAUCAUCGAAGAAAAAAGGCUGAAAGAUGCUGGGAAGGAUUCUUCGACGUUUCAGGACGAUAGUGUUGCUUGGUCCCUCGCCGAUAUUUUCAUUGCUGGAGCUGAAACUACUUCGACGACCCUGAGAUGGUUCUUUUUGUACAUGGUUGUGUACCCGAAAAUACAGUCCAGAAUUCAAGAAGAAAUAGACAACGUCGUGGGUAAGGACAGGUUGCCAAACUCAGAGGACAGAGUCAGAAUGCCUUACACUGAAGCAGUCCUUUGGGAAAUUUGGAGACACAAAACAAUUGUUCCACUAGGAGUGGACCGAAGAGCUUCGAAGGACGUGGAGUUUGCUGGAUACCAAAUUCCGAAAGGUACAAUUAUGACGACCAUGAUUUAUGCCAUACAUCACGAUCCAGACAAUUUCGAACAUCCAGAAGUCUUUAAUCCCGACAGGUUCUUGACGGAAAGUGGACAACUGAUUAAGAAUCCGAAAAUCAUGCCUUUCCAAGCUGGCCGACGUCAAUGCUUGGGGGAGAAUUUGGCAAGGCUCAACGCAUUUCUCGGUGUUGUAUACUUGCUGCAAGUCUUCAGAUUUGAAAAGGAACCCGGACACGAGUACACACUGGAAUCGAAACCCAGAACUGAGGGCAUUAAUGUCCCUAUGCCUUACAAGUGUCGGAUUAUCCCGAGAAAUGUUCAUUGAAUGGCUUAAACAUAAAAUAUUCAUGAAUCCGUCUUUUUAUACACAAUAAA